CAUCGCGUGAAGACAAUGGAAGGUGAAGCCGAAUCAUCGACAGACAGACGGACAGACGCACCGUCCUAGAGCCGGUACCGUUGCGUCUCUCGGUUAUCUCACGUUGCGUGAAUUAUGUCAAGCUUAUGCAUUAUUUGCAGUGACCUUUCCCGAAUAGUUUUUCCUAGACAUUGAAAAAAAAUGGAUGCGUUGCGUUCCCAGUCACUGCCAAGGCGAACGCACCCCCACUCGAGAGCGUUCCAAUUUCGUAUAAAAACAAAUAACAGCAAUAUUGUGUUAUGUAGUUUGCACUUUUGAUUUUGCCGGGUUUGGUUAACGGGACGAUUCGGAGGGAAAAAAAUGUGCUCGAAGAUUAUCGUUUUUGCGAUUUUUUUUCUGGCUACGUUGGUCACUGGCCGUACUGCGCCUGCGAAUGAGACAAACCCGAGGAAGUCUAGGAGUAUCAAUAAUUGUGACUGUAUAUGUGGCAAAAAUUACCGACACAUGAGAGUAGUGGGAGGAAACGAAGCAGAUGCUCACGAAUUCCCUUGGUUAGUGGGAUUGACAAGAGAUGGAGAAAUUCAGUGUGGUGCUAGUUUAAUCACAAAAAGACAUUUAUUAACUGCUGCUCACUGCGUAAAUGGAUUCGAUAUUCGAGAAAUGUCAGUCGUUUUGGCCGAUCAUAACAGGGUUUCUCCAAAUAGACUAUCAACGAUAGUUGUGAGAGGUUUGAGAAGUAUCAGAGAACAUGAACGUUUCGACAAAUAUAGUUUCAACAACGAUAUAGCCAUUCUGGAAAUGGACAGCCCUGUAGACUUCACUACCACAGUACAGCCAGCGUGCCUUCCUAGAAGGGCUGCUGAUUACACCGGACGUGACGCAGUCGUGGCUGGUUGGGGAAAGACAGGUGAAAAUGAAAUAACAUCGAAUAUUUUAAGGAAAGUGACCCUCCCAGUUUGGAGCAGAGACCAGUGUUUGAAUUCCAACUACGGUCAGAGAAAAAUAUCUGAUAACAUGUUCUGCGCUGGCUUUCCUGCUGGAAAACAGGAUGCUUGUCAGGGCGACAGUGGUGGUCCCUUACACAUGAAUAAUGCUAACAGUGGCGUAAUGGAAAUAAUUGGUCUAGUUUCCUGGGGAAGAGGAUGCGCUAGGCCGAAUCUACCAGGAAUUUAUACAAAGGUCACAAACUAUUUGGACUGGGUGAACAAUGCUUUGAAUGGAGAAUGUCUUUGUCGUCCCCAGAUAUAUGCUUGAGCUCCACCUCAAAAUUCUGUGAUCCGAUCAAUUUGAUCCUGAAUAUUUAUAU